AUGGAGGUGGCGGUGAACACGUGCGUCGCUCUGACGCGGGCGGUCCUGACGCGCCUGGACAACUGCGCGUGGAUCCGCAACACGUGCGCGACGCUGCGGCCGCACGUGCUCCAGGUCGAGCAGGUCCUCAACGAGCUGAGGGCCACGGAGUCGGCCAAAGUACCGCUGCUCGCAGAUGCCCUCGGGGCGAUCGAGCGGGCGCUGUCGGUGAUGGACACGGAGAUAUCGACGUGGGAGAGCGACAGCAAGUUCAAGGGUUUUGCGUCAGCCAAUAAGCGCAAAGAGGCGCUUCAGGAAGCGGCGCGGGCGCUGGGGGACGCGAUGGGCCUGCUCCCGGCGGCCAACGUGCAGCUGACGGACAAGGUCCGCGCGGGGGUGCAGCGCGUGGAGGGUGAACUGGGCAACCUACAGGUGACGUUCGACGCGGGCGUGGAGCGGCUCGAGGCCUACGAGCGGGACAUUCUGGCCAAUGUGCUUUCCCAGGGGGAGGACAUCGGGGAGAUGAAGGCGAUGCUCAAGUUUCUCGUGAGCACGUUCGCGAGCCCGAGCGUGGACGCCGCGCAGGAGCAGCGCAUUCUGGAGAAGGUGCUGACGGACAAGAAGUGCUUCAAGCCCGGGCACGAGAAGGAGGGCAUAACCAUAGCGGGGAACAUGGCCGCGGAGAUCCGUCGGAUGAAGGAGCAGGAGCAGAAGCAAAGUCUGGCCGAGGCUCUGGAGAACCUCACUAUUCAGCCCGACUGCGUCAAGCUGGGCCACCCGAUCUCGCACGAGGGCGGAAGCACCGUGUACGGCGGCGUGUGGGACCGCGACGGCACGGGCACGGACCUGCGCAACGUCGCGGUGAAGGUCGUCAAAGUCGAGAGUGGCCAGAUCUCCGCGGAGGAUGUCGCGCGCAUCAAGAAGGAGAUCUGCUGCAACAUCUUCCAGGGGCUCGCGGACCUGCACGCCAUGGGCAUGUGCCACUACGACAUGAAGCCUGCCAACGUGCUGCUGACGGAGCACGGCACCGCGGUCCUCACGGACUUCCAGCUGUCGCGCGAGGCCAACGAAACUCUUGGCAAGACCCUUGAGAACGAGUUUGGCACCCUCAGGUACGCGCCGCCGGAGCAGAUGGACCGCGACUCGUACGACAAGCCUGGCACGCACAGCGACAUGUGGUCGGCAGCCGCCACGGUGUGCGAGAUUCUGUCGGGGGAGAAGCCGUAUCAUGGCAUGGACUUGCCGGGGGUGCUGGGGGCCCUGCUGACGCACAAGCAACCGCCGAAGAUUCCAGCGAGCGUUCCGGCGGCGCUGCGGCCGCUGCUGCAACGGUGCUUCAGCCGAGACGCGCAGAACAGGCCCACGGCGCUCGAGGCCCUGGAGACGUUCGUCAAGCUGUCGGCCAAGGAUGUCGAGGAGGGCGGCACCGCAGCGGGAGAGGCGAGCGAGACCGGCACGAUGUCGGUCGGAGCUGUGCAGGCCGGGCGCAGGGACGCCUCCGUCACGACGUCCAACGGCGACGGGAGGGUCAGGACGAUACAGGUGGUGCGUAAGAUGCUCGCGGACAAGACGAGGAAGGUCGUCGACUUGGACGGAGCCGUGGUGACCGUCUCGCCCGCCAAGACCAUCGUCUUCGCCGAGGAGGAGUACUUCUCGGACGAGGAGUACUACGACACCGAGGUGCGUCUCGUCGAGGGCAAGAAGAAGCUGUUCGGGGGGCGGAAGAUGGUGGAGACGCGCGUCGAGGUGAAGAAGACACGCAAGAUCCCGAAGACGCGAUGGUCGGAGCUCGCCGCAGAGGUCCCCGCGGGCACUCGCAGGACCAGGAAGGUUGUUGAGUUUGGCGACGGGCUCAAGCUCGACAGGCCUGGCGUCACGUUCCGGAACGCAUCGAUCGAAAUCGACGUGCCCGCGGCGGACGAGUACCGAUGCGCCUCCCCGGAGCUCGUGGUCGUGACUGCCGCCAACGUGGAGCUCGAGAACAUCUCCGUCACGGUGCGCGGCGGCGGUGCAGAAGCCUGGCUGACCGCAAUGGCAGUGCGCAUGGGCGGCAGUGUGGCGCUGUCGAACUGCGAAAUCGCUGUGCGAGGCGAGACAGGGGCGGCGAAGUACUGUCUGUCGGUCGACGGUGGUGGCCGCGCUUCUCUCGCGAACUGCACGAUCACCUGCGACCGUGCCUGCACGGGGCUCAUCGCGGGCACUGGCAGCCGCCUCGACCUGACGCAGUGCCGCGUCAGCGGCGCGGACCUCGUGGCCGCCGACGGCGGCAUGCUGCAGCUGAGCGACGGUGCUCUGAGCGGCGCGCAGGGCGGCGCGAUGGAGCUCCGGGACUGCACGGUGUUUGCUGCGCGCAGCGGCUCGACCAGCCUGCAGGUGGACGGGCCCGGCAGCGUGCUGUCGGUGCGCGGGGGCUGCGUGGAGGGCGGGCAGCACGCGAUGGUGGCGUCGGGCGGGGCGCUGCUGCUGGCGUCGGCGUGCACGCUGAAGGAUUCGAUUUCCGAGGAGGCGAUCGUCACCAGGGGCGGGGGCACACGGGCGGAGCUGACCGAGAGCAUCACGUACGAGUGCCUGCUGCGCACCGAUGAGGGACCGGGGAGCGAGAUCGCGAUCGUGGACGAGACGGCGAGGCAAAAGCGGAUCUGGUUUCGAGGCUAA